ACAUCGGUUUUCAAAAUAACCAAUGUAGCAUACCUCGCGUUGAAGCCCUUUCUCCACGAAAACAUUCCGUUCAAGCUAGCAUCUUGUUCAACAUGUACAGAGGAACCCUAAAUCCUGUUUCUUCUCUACACGAAGGUUGAAGGGUUUGGUCGGAAUGUCUUCCUCGAAGGGAGGCGCGGGACCGUCUUCGGAGGCGCUAACGAAGUCGAUAUUGCGCCCAUUCUUCGUGUCGCUAACGAAGUCGAAAAAACCUAUCCUUCUUAUCUCCUAAUCUCGAAGGGUGCAACGCGCCGUCUUACGACCGGAACCAGCUUCACGCGGCGGUAGUGGAGUUGUACUGCGCCUGGGGGCCCCAGAUUAAGUACUCGACGGUGCAGCAUUGGUAAGCUGGGGACGAGCAGGGGAACGGUGGGGUUUACAAUUUCGUGACCAAGAGAGGGCUCUGCGCUUGGGCUUCCUCUAAGAUAUCAUGGACGCAGGUUGAGACGGGUUCCGCUAUCACGUGGAAGUAUCUGAGUAUGGUUUUGGAGGGAGAUUCUAGCGUUGGGGAGUUUUAUUUCGUUGCUUUGACUAAUAACCAUCAAUAGGCGGAUAUGGGGACUAAGAUGAUUCACAAAGGGAAGGACACUAGGAGCAGGAUUAUCUCCAUGGGUAUAUCUGUUGGCCAUUCCAGAAACUGUUAUAGAGGCCUUGUUCAGGUUCAGUCCAGAGCAGACAAUGCGCGUAACUCCUCCCAGUGUGAUUCUAUGCUUAUUGGUGAUAAAGCAGCUGCCAAUACCUAUCCUUACAUCCAAGUGAAAAAUCCAACGGCAAGAAUUGAACAUGAAGCUAGUACGUCCAAAAUUGGAGAAGAUCAGUUGUUUUAUUUUCAACAAAGGGGAAUAUACUAUGAAAGGGCAAUGGCUGCUAUGAUAUCUGGAUUUUGCCGUGAUGUCUUUAAUGAGCUUCCUGACGAAUUUGGUUCUGAGGUGAACCAACUCAUGAGCUUGAAACUUGAGGGGUCUAUAGGUUAAACCAGCUUGUUAAGCAUACUGGUAUUUGGCCAUUUGUUACUGAAAUGGUGCAAGUUCUUAGAGCCAGAGGUAAUGUAUUUGGAGGGAUGUGUACAUGUUUUAUGUAAACUGGGCUGCAAUAGUGGGCUUAAACUUUACCAAUUUUCAACCAUAAUAUAUAAUCACUUUCAUCCUA